AGAAAAACUGUUUAGUCAUGGAGUAUGGUUUAGAAUAGUCAUAUUCUUUUUUUAGAGCAUAGAAAUCUUACACCGAAGAUUCUGGUAACCACACUUUACAUUUUGGUCGUUUCUAAAAGUACAGUACACAAAAUGCGUUUACACUGUGAGCUAAUCCUACAAAAUAUAGCACGUUCUUGGGGAUGGAGAAGAGCAAAGUGGACAAACAGAGUCUGUUGGAUAGGCUCUUAGAUGCAGUGAAGCAAUGCCAAGUACGUUUUGGAGGUCGGACAGAGCUUGCAACAGAUGUGGACAGCAGGGUGUCUUGCUUAUGUGCACAGUUUGAGACCGUGCUUAUGCAUUGCCUUAAAAAACCUACCGGGAAUCCACUAACUGCAAUUAAGCAGAAGACUGGUAUACAAGUACCAUCAAUUCCAGGAAUCAAAAAUGAUGCUGAUUCAGGCUUCUGGCCAAUUGUUAAAGAACACCUUACACGGCAUGAAUUGCAACGUUACACAUCGCUCAAGAACAUCACCACAGAUGCUGGUAGAGGGCGUGCUUGGUUGCGUAGCACAUUAAAUGAGCAUUCGCUGGAGCGCUAUCUUCAUAUGAUACAGGGAAAUAAAAAGUUGUUGGUUCAGUUUUAUGAGCCCUUGGCAUUCCUCCUGGAUGAAGAGAGAGCUAGCAUGCUACCUACAAUGGCAAGAGGACUAGGAUCAAUAUUAUUUGCAAUUAACAUUGAUAAUAAAGAACUUAAUGGAAUUAAACCGGUUUCUAUGCCUUCCCUCGCUGCAAUAAUCAGCACUGAACAUUCACAACCAAUUGAUUAUAUGGCAGGGGAGCAAGAACCAGUGUUAUCAAAGGAGGUGUCUAGCAGAACAGGUUCAUUACAUGAAAAGGAAAGGAAAGAAAAGAAGAAGAAAAAGAAGAAAAAGGGACCAACCUCAAUUGUCUCAUUUGAUGACAAUGAUUCUGAGGAGAAAAGUUCCACGGAAAGCUACCCUGCAUUAAAACGAAAAUCAAAAGGACAAAAAUCCUCCCCAUCCAAAAGUGGAUCAUCCCAAAUCUCUGAUACAUCAACCGUUCAGAAUAUCAAUGAAUACAAAGUACUUGAUCACCAAAUUUCUCAAGAUAAAGGUCAUAGGUUACAAUUUACAGAACAAUUAUCCAACACAUCCGGUUCUACAGAGGGUGGAACAGUAGAUAAAGGCACAAGUAAUAAACAGUUAGAAGAUGUAACGCCUACGAAUUCCAUACCAAUUGAUUUUCGUAUAUCAGCACAAUCCGCACAAGGAUGGAGUGAAAAAACCGAGUCUUCCCUAACCAGCCAAUCACAUCUCUCUUCUUCAUAUCCUGGAAAGACACCACCCUCAACGCCAUAUAACUCAUCACUGCUUUCCCAAUACGAAGAACUUGGUGAGAAAAUCGAUGCUGACUAUAUCAAUAAAAAAUUACAGGAUAGAGAAUCCCAGCAGUUUCAGGAACCCUCUUCUCUGCCAAAUUCUGAUGAAUUAGAAGGGUCUGGUGAAACGGAUUCCACUACGGAUAAAAAGGAUUUGCUGAAUGGAGAAGUACACCUGAGGGUUGGCAAUGGCAAUCAAGAUGAUGAGCGAAGGUGUAGCAGUGGGUUGUUCCAGGUGCUAGGUGAUGAGGGACCAGGUGAUUUGAUACCAUUAUCACAGGAUGCUGCCACAGAGGACACGCAAUCAAACGAUUCAAGUAUGCUAGGCUUUGGCGUGGAAACCGAAAGUGCGACAAUUGGAGUUGCACUGGCUCAAAAAGGACUUCAAUUAAGGUUACCAAAGUUUUUGGAGAGUGCUUCAUUGCCUUCGCCGGAGUAUGAAUCAUUGUCACAUGAUGAUUUAAAACAAGCUUUAAUGUCAAUUAUGAUGCGUAAGGACGAAGUGGAAGACCAGAACAAAUCUUUAAGAAUGUUAUUGGACAGUGAGAUGGAACACACUGCCAAGUUAAGGGCCGAGUUGGAAGAACUUAAGAAGGAUUACGAUGACCAAGAGGAGAAGAGUUACGCAAAGGUUCAAAAUCUCACUAGAGAAAAUGAGUUGUUGAAACAUCAGUUGAAGAAAUAUGUUGGAGCAGUACAGAUGCUGAGAAGAGAGGGGCCAUCUUCCAUUGAAGGGAUUAAAGGCAUAAGAAAGGAUGACCUUCAACCUCCAAUACCUGAACCUAAACCCCCUCUAGUAGAUUACAGCGAGCAGUCGGCCGAGUACGAGAGAAAGCUGAUUCAGGUCGCAGAAAUGCACGGUGAGCUGAUGGAGUUCAAUGACCACCUUACGAGGGUGCUCAAGUCGAAAGAACACUCGAUACAAAGACUUAAAGCCGAACUGGUAGACCUAAGAGGACCGUUACCUGAUGAGAGUUCUAUAUCAGAAGAUGCUAGUUCUCAAGACAUCGAUUCGGCAUCAUUGACCAGUCCUGGGAGGCCGCUGAUUAAUCUGUGGAUUCCGUCAGCUUUCAUCAAAGGAAAGAGUAAAGACACUUUCCAUGUUUACCAGGUUUAUAUUCGCAUACGAGAUGAGGAAUGGAAUGUUUAUAAGAGGUACACACAGUUCAGAGAUUUCCACAACAUAUUAAGAAAAAGCCAUCCAGCAAUUAAUAAGUUUGAAUUUCCACCAAAGAAAGCAGUGGGCAACAAGGAAGCAAAGUUUGUUGAAACCCGACGCAAGUUGCUACAGGACUACCUCCGACAUGUAAUUAAUUACCAUAUGCACAAUAACGCUGACUUAACGAAUGAGCCUUCCAAGGCAACUCUUGUAAAAUUCAUGCCGUUUUUUGGGGAUGUUCCUGUCAGCAAAUCUAAGAAGCAAGAACGACCAAGAUCUUCUUUGUUAUCUGGGAGGACCAAUGCUGGUACAACAGAAAAUACAUAUGAAGGUUUCUAAUUGGCAAUCCAUCAGCAAAUGUAUCGAUGUUUAUGGUUGGCCUGUAUUGGUAGCACUGAUACAAAGAAUUUCAUUGGUCUGUAUCCACUGGUAAUGCAGACCGAUGUGUGCAAAACAAGAAUUCUGAUUGGCUGAUGUAAUAAGGUUAAUCAAGUUCCAAUCAUAACUGCAUACAUCAUUUCUGAUUGGUCACUGUUUCAUGUAAAGCGCUGUCCAGACUAUUAAAUUUUAUUUGACAAAAACAUGUGACAUGCCUCAAUAUGGUCAUGAUGACAUCACAUCAUGACCAUAUAUAGGCACAUCAUGACUAUAUAUGGGCACAUCAUGACUAUAUAUGGGCAUACAACAAUUUUAUGUCAAAGAAAAUUUGAUAGUGUUUACCAAGCUUUAUAUUUGCUGCUUUUUAUUAUGAAUGUAGGAUUAUUUUAAUUUAAGUGCUUUCCAGGCCAUCAAAUUUUAUUUUAACAAAAACAUAUGACAUGCCUAAAUAUGGUCAUGAUGACAUCACACAUGAUCAUAUAUAGGCGCAUCAUUACUAUAUAUGGCAUACAAAGAUUUUUAGACAGAACUUUACAAUACCUCAGUUAAAGAAGACUUCCCUCAUUGCAUCAUACCAUCAUAAUUGGUAAAAUGCAGUAUUUCAGAAUUUCUAUAUUUUUUUAUUGCAAUAUGUAGAACAAUUAGUGUAUUUUAACUUUUAAUUCUAACAUACGAAUCUGUGUAUAAAUUAGGCAGCGAUAUUAUUGGACUACUGUAUUAUAAUGUAAUGGAAUUUAAUGUAGAUAAUGUAUUUGGAGGGAAAUAAACAGUAACACAGAAUUAUUUUUAUAAACAAAAUAAUUAUGUGUUAAUGAAUUUCAAUCUUGUAACGAUAAAUUUAAAGACCUUUUCCCAAUUGUGUUUACUCUAUCAAUUUUUCUUUUUCAAUAUUAAUUAUAAUAUUAGCAAUUUGUGUAGUGCCGGUAUUCGUCAUACCUCAUGAGUUAAUGUAAUUUCUGCCGUCAAAAACUUAAUAUUGUUUAUUAUUCUGCUAUCCAGUGGUGGCGCCAGGAUUUGCCCGACCUGGGGUUGGGGGGAGGGUGGGUCAGAGGUCCAAGACAGUGGAGUGGGUGGGGGCGAUUUCCUUGACAAAAAAAAAGGUGGGCGUGGUCGGGCAUCGCUCAAAAAUCUGUGAAAUUUGAUUUUUUCAAGAGUGGACAUGGAUGGAAAUGUUUUUUAUUUUACAAAUCUCUCAAAAAACUUGCUUGUUUUGUGAAGAAAAUUUCUGUCCCCAAAACAUAAUUGUUGCAAAUUUUAGAGUUGGUGAGGGAGAUCAACAUAAUAUUUUAUUUUUUUGUCCUAAUAUGAAUUGUCAUGAAUAAAUACAUAAUAUUGAACUUA